UCCCUCCUCGCUAGAUGGUGUGCGAGCCACCCGAGAAUAGACGCGUUCCGGACUCGGCCAAAAGAAACCAGGCGAGGCAGAACUCUGCCAGUGCCUUGGCUGCCUGGCUGAAGGGAAGGCUCGUCACGAGUACCAGGGGCUGGGAGCUGAGAGAGAGCAGCCCCGAGCAGGGAUGGACAUGAUGCUGUUGGUGCAGGGUGCUUGUUGCUCAAACCAGUGGCUGGCUGCUGUGCUCCUCAGCCUGUGCUGCUUGUUGCCCUCCUGCCUCCCAGCCGGACAGAGUAUGGACUUCCCUGGGGCAGCUGUGGACAACCUGGUGGUCAGAAAAGGGGACACGGCUGUGCUUAGAUGUUAUUUGGAAGAUGGAGCUUCAAAAGGUGCCUGGCUGAACCGGUCAAGUAUUAUUUUUGCAGGAGGUGAUAAGUGGUCAGUAGAUCCUCGAGUUUCAAUUGCAACAGCAAAUAAAAGGGAAUACAGUCUACAGAUACAGAAUGUAGAUGUGAUGGAUGACGGUCCAUACACUUGUUCUGUGCAGACCCAACACACUCCGAGAACAAUGCAGGUGCACUUAACUGUACAAGUUUCUCCGAAGAUAUCUCGUAUUUCAACUGACACUGUUGUGAAUGAAGGAAGCAAUGUUACACUUAUUUGCUUGGCCACUGGGAAACCAGAGCCUUCCAUUUCUUGGAGACAUAUCUCUCCAUCAGCAAAACCAUUUGAAAAUGGACAAUAUCUGGACAUCUAUGGAAUUACAAGAGACCAGGCUGGGGAAUAUGAAUGCAGUGCAGAAAAUGAUGCCUCAGUCCCAGAUGUGAAAAAAGUAAAAGUCACAGUAAACUUCGCCCCCACAAUUCAGGAACUUAAAUCCAGUGGUGUGAUGCUAGGAGGUAAUGGACUGAUAAGGUGUGAAAGUGCAGGAGUUCCUGCUCCAGUCUUUGAGUGGUACAAAGGAGAGAGAAAACUGAUCAAUGGUAAACAUGGAAUUACUAUUAAAAACUAUAGUACAAGAUCACUUCUCACUGUCACCAAUGUAACAGAGGAGCAUUUCGGCAACUACACAUGUGUCGCUGCCAACAAGCUGGGAGUUACCAAUGCCAGCCUGCCUCUCAACCCUCCAAGUACAGCCCAGUAUGGGAUUACCGGUGGUGCUGAAGUUCUGUUCUCCUGCUGGUACCUUGUGUUGACACUAUCCUCUUUCACCAGCAUAUUCUACCUGAAGAACAUCAUUCUACAAUAAAUAUAAAGAACCAUGAAAGGCUUUUAAGGAUUCUCUGAAAGUGCUGAUGACUGGAGCCAAUCUGGUAGAGUUUGUUAAAAGCAGCGUGGGAUAUAAUCAACAGUGCUUACAUGGGGAUGAUCGCCUUCUGUAGAAUUGCUCAUUAUGUAAAUACUUUAAUUCUGCUCCUUUUUUUGAUUAGCUGCAUUACCUUGUGAAGCAGUACACAUUGUCCUUUUUUAAGACGUGAAAGCUCUGAAAUUACUUUUAGAGGAUAUUAAUUGUGAUUUCAUGUUUGUAAUCUACAAGUUUUCAAAAGCAUUCAGUCAUGGUCUGCUGGGUUGCAGACUGUAGUUUACAAAAAAAAAAUAUUGCAGUGAAAAUGUGAUUCUUUAAGGCUGCAAUACAAGUAUUCAGUUCCUCUUUAAGUAGGAUUCUAUCCACAUUUAUUCAGAAGCAUUUUUAUUUAAAAAAAUCAAAUAAUAUUGCCUUCAAAAUAUUUCUUCAAAAUAUAACACAUAUCUAGAUUUUCUUCUAGCAUGAUAUUCAGGUUUCAAGAAUGAGCCUUGUAAUAUGACUGCAUAAAGCAAUUCUGCUUCCCCACCCCGCUCUGUAAAUUCAGCAUGGGUGUGCCUCCAUAAAAUACUACUUUUCUCUUCCUCUCCAACAAUUCUAGAAUGUGUACUGGUAAAUGACAACAUGUAAAUUCAAGCGUACCUAAUCUCCAGUUGAGGACAAAGAUGCUAUUGGCUAAAAAGAAUACCUUCUCUUCCACCUCCAGUGGGGUAAUGGAACUGCUCCAAACUUUGCCCACAACAACUAGACUACAUGGUAUUUUUUAACCAGUCAAUCAAAAAUAGCACAGGUAUAUUUCCCUUAUUUUUUCCCUCUAGUGUGGUUAAUUUGUAUAUUUUGUUUGUAAAACAAGUUUUCCUGGUAUAAAAUACAGCACAACUCUCUUAAGAGACUUCUUGUGAAUGUAACACUUUUCCCUUUCAUUGCUCUAGAUCAGAACUCUUAAAAGGCUGUAUAUGUGAGGUGAUGACAGACCCUUUUUUAUUAUUGGCCAGUACUACAUGAAUUGAUGUUCUUGCACUGGAGUUGUACUGAUCAGCUAGCUCAACAAUGAUACUUUCAUUGCACAUGUUUUGAAAUCUCAGAUAGCUGACAACAUAGGAAGCAUUGACCAUACAUUUAAUAUAGAUAUAUUUAAAAACAAGUGGCUCCAAUAACUAUAUUUUGGUGUACCUUACAAAUGCCAUCACAUUGCAUCUUAAUUGCCAGAAUUUCAUUAAUGCACUGCUAAGAUGUAUGAAUAUCUUACUGUAACAAUUAAUUUCACCUUUCAUAAAUGACUCUUGCAGUCCUCACAUAUUGCAUUGAGUUCAAGAGAAGUUUUGCCUGAGUAACGGACUGGAUCCUAAAAUAGCAUAUUUUAUUUCUAUGGAUAUAAUAGAGUUGUUGGGUUUAUUUAAACAGCCUCUAAUUUUGCUCCCAAAUGAAUGUACAGUCAUGCUGUAAAUGAAUUGUGAACACUGAGUUGCACUUGCAAAACCGGAGGCUGAAGCAAGGUCCCUUUAAAAAUUUGACUCAUUAUGAAAGUUGACCGUAUAUGGUCCAGGCCAUCACCCAUUCUGGUCAGUACAAAAAUACACACCAACUUCAAUGGAAUUCGAUUGGGCCCAUAUAGAAAGAGCCACUGGUGAUAAGAAUUUCUAAUUAACACAUUAAUUACAAUAUAAAAUUAUCCAGUCACUUGUUCAACAUAUAAAACCACAAUAAAUAAUAAGAAGACUGUUGCCAUGUGAAAGUUGGAGUUAUUUAUAUCAAAAGAAGAUUGUCACUGAACACCAUAUUGCUAUUUUGGCUACUUUUUUAGUAUCACUGCCACAACAAUUUCACUCAGACACACUCCUACUCAGUCAUUUUUGGUACUGUGUUAAGCUCCGUAACUAGCUAGCUGGGUACUGUACAUAUUCAGCACUUUCAAGUUCAUUUUGCAAAUAUCCUAUUUUUUAAAAUUCAGAUUAUGAAUUUCUUUAGUACCGUGAUCAACUGCCCCAUUACUAGUAUAUAAACAAAAUAUGCAGCAAAUAUGUUGUAAUUACUAAAUGACGCUUAGAUAAGGAGCAUAAAAAGAAUACACUGACUCCAUAAUAGGGCAAUAAAAUGUAUUGAAUCACGCUGUUUGUGUUCAGUAAUAGAUUAGAAUAUUUCUAUUCUUCUCUUAAAGUUGUGCGUUAAGCAGGUUCUAUUUUCAUAAAUAUGGCAUUUUUUUAAAACCUUGAAUAACAUGAUGACAUUUUAUUAGUUGAGGAAGCAGUGUAUAAAACAGUACAAACCAUCUUGUACACUCUCCUGAAAUUCUGAUCACUCUUGUAUUGCAGCUUUAAAGUGCUAAGCUCUAGAAUCCAUUCAAUAGAAAAAAUGGUGCUGCAGAAAGUAUUACAUGUGAGUACAGUUUUAUGAAGAAAGAAACAGAUCAAGGAGAUGUAUAACUCGGAUGCCUUUUCUCACAUGAAUUAGGAAUUGUUUCUGUACUGUAGCUGGACCAAAUUCUAUAUUUAGGCUAAUUGUUUUUUUUUCAUGAUUACUGACACAUGGAAUGUGAGGAUUCUGGCAGCAGAAUAGAGUAUGGAAACAUUUUUAUUAAAUAUGAAAAAAAUGAAGUAUUUACUUUUUUGCAUCAUGAGAAUAUUCUUGCCAGUAAAGCCACUGGAAAACAUAGGCCAAAUUUUCAAUCUAGCCUCUGAAUUUGCACUUGCAAUUUUUGUGAGACAGUUUGUAGCAUGCAAAAAUCCAUGUUUGUGGGCACAACAUUUGCUUCUGCAAACUAGGUACCUAAACAUCUAUCGGCUCUGCAUGUUCAAAAGUGAUAGUUUGUGUGUGCAAAUUUAAGAGACCAAUCCUGCGCAUAAGUACUGGGGCCACUCACAUUAACACUGUGUCGGUCACUAAAUGUUUGUAGGAUUGGUCUCUCAAGAGUGUUUAUGAAUAUCUGACCAUCUAAGGUUCCAGUUGUGCAAAGGGUUAUGCAUAUGCUUAACUUCAUGCACUGAGUAGUCCCAAAGAAACUACUCGCAGUACAUAAAGUUAAGCACAUUCCUAAGUUUUUGCAGGGUUGGGGCCCAACUCAAUAUUGGUCAAAUAAAGUUACUUGCGUCUUAGGUUAAUCUGUUCCAUAAAGUAACCUGAUAAUUGUACAGUUUGGGACUUAUUGGGACAUUCUUUCAACAUGGACUGUGCGGACUGUUGCAAAUUAAAUACAGUAGAAUUUUACAAAAUUGAUCUUUUAAUCUCUGGCGUAUACUUGCUUUCUAGCUGAUACUUUCAUAAUAUAUUCUAUGCUCAUCCAAUUGAUACCCCUUACCGUUCAUAUUUUUUAAUCAAUUAUUAUUACAUUUAUCCACCAUUAAAAAAUAUUGAAAAUAAAUGGAUUUGCUCCAAGCAGUUCAACAUUUCUUAUGCUAAAACUGUUGUCCUGCACUUGAAUUACUAAAGUUUGUAAUUCCAUAAGUUCCUGAAUGUGCAAUAACUCAGGUCUAUUAACUACCAUUGCAUUGAUGACAUAUAUGGGCAAUGGUGCUGUAAUUAUAGUGUUGCUGAUCGUGAUUCUUUACUAAUAUUGAAUUUAAGGAUGUCUCAGAAUUUCUAAUACAAACACAGGUUCUCAAGGGUUUAUAACUUGGCAGGAAAAUGUAUUCUUCAUAACUAGACAGCUUUUUUAACUUUUCUAUAUAUAUUUAGAAAAUCUGUUUCUAAGAGACAGGAGUAUUGAAGACAUUACCAGUGAAAGCUGCUCUUUUGCACACUUUCAGAGUUAGCACUCUAGCAAAAUAAUGGUAAACGCUAUUCCUACCAAAAUAUCUGCUUACCCCACAUAACUGUGUAUUAAAGAGUGUGUAUACCAAAAUAUGUAUUUACCUGGAAAAUCAAUAUGCCUUAAAGCCUAAAUAUGCAUUUACUUCCAAGAUUGGAUCUUGCUCUUCCAGUCUGGAGGUAAAUAAUCCAUAUUUCACAAUCUGCCAUGGAAGAUUUCGUUUCUUAAAAAACAAACAUGCUCAGUUCUUUUUUAAAAAGUAUUAAAUAAUUUUAAAGUUCUUGCACAAACUAACAUAUGUGAGGAAAGGAAAAGUUAGAAUGAAACUCUAUCCUGACACUCUGACCUUCUGAAUUGCAGACAAAUAAACUUGUUCUCAGCAAUUUUUGAACUGAGAAAAUGACAAGGAGUUUGGUGGUUGCCACUGAAACUUUUCCGUUUGCAAGUAAUAUUACAGAAUUCCCUAUACUUACUAAAGGAAAUGCUGUGAAUAGGGUGGUAGGAUACGUUAAUGCUAGGGCAUAUGUAAAGAUUUUUAUAGGUAUCACUGUAUGCUCAUUUUGAAUUUUUCUUCUCUCUCUCCCUCUCACAGGAGUCCCCUCCAGCUGGCCCUAUUUCCCUAUUCUUCCCCAACACAGUAACAUUUCUUCCAUCUCCCAAGCCUUCUGUGGUAGAGUACAUCCUAUUCUCUUUCUGCCUUCUUAUUCAGCUCCAUCCCUUACUCUCUCAGAUACACACCGAUCCCUUCCUUCUGAUUGCUGGCGUGAGAGUUGGGUCAAGAAAAAAUAGCUGGUGACACAAAUUAUUCCAGGAGUUUCUGGCAAUUGUGAGGAAAGAUAGUCAUAUCUGGAGUGCAGCCAGGUGUAAGGGAACGUGUCUGGCUGUAGGGAGAUAAGGCAGGACUAUACUCACUGUUUGCAGAAGUCCCAGCUGGCCCUAUUUCCCAGCUUCUGGAAGCCUUCACUCAUUCACAGCAUUGUACCAUCAUUGACAGUGGCUUUCUAAAAUCCUUAGGGCCACAUGCAGCCUGCACUGGCCUAAGUGCAUGAAUAUGUGAGAGCAGAAUUUAAACUUUAGACAACAGUUUGUCCUGAAACCCUUAGAGAACUGACUAAUUAACUCAUCAUAUUGUUGUACCUAGUAUUGAGCCUACUGUGGGUCUCAGAAUAGGGCACAGUGUUAAAUACAGUACCACAUUUCCUAAAGACCUAGGCAGCAAAAAGCACCAGUUUAGCUGCUGACCUAAAGAAGCUCUACAUGCCUCAUUAAAGCUGCUUUCUGUUCUGAGGGAGAACUCUCUCCCAGCUAACAGCCUCAUGAUGCUAGGUGAGGUAAUAUGCAAUCAGCUGAUGUAGCCCAUCUAUCUCUGUCAUGUGGCAUUCAGAGGGGUUGAAAAUGUACUGAGCAUGCUCAGUGCAUCCUCAGAUGCCUUUAUGUCAGGUGGAUAUUCCCUUUGUUGAUGGACAUUGAGCCUGCUGGGGAAGAUCUGUGGAGAGGAAGUGUGGUCUGAUGACAUUAUCAGCAGGACUGAAUUCUGACAACAGGAGUGAGCACAUUGCCUACAGAUUACUCCUUUCCCCAAUAAUAAAAUAGUGUUUGGGAGGCAGGGAUGACAGGACAUCCCAAACUACACCUCAACAACAUCGGGGGGGGAGAUAUGGCUAAUGUUGCAAAGAGAAAUAUUUUAAUUAUUCAAAAAAAUGAUUCUUAGGCCAGAGUUGGCUUCUCUCGGUCUUUUGUGAGGCUGCACAGUGCUCUAGGAUGGUUGUAAUUUCCUGAAAUCAUGUGCCCUAGCUAGAGGUGGAUAGAUGGAUUAUUGCUGGUGGAGAAUUGUGGAAAUGUUCCCACCCCCAAGCCACAAUACUAUCCCCAAGCUUUUUAAUUUAUGUAGGUUUGGCAUCUGCACAGCACAACUUUUCUUCUGAAUGGGUCUACUUGAGAUCUGCCAGUAUAACCUUAACUUUCCUGGCUGUGCCAAAAUUUAUGUCACAUUUCCCCAAGUCACCAGCACCACUGAGCACUAAUUACUAUUUGCAUAUUUGUUCUUACCCUAACACAUCUAUGCCUAAUUUCUAGAGUUUGAAGGCUUUUCUACUUUAUGAACUUCUGCUCUAAAAUUUAGAUUUCAACAUAUUCAUUUCACACUUUCGAUAAAUCAGAGAUGAAUCACAACUAAACUCAGGAUGCCCUAAAUUAGAUUUUAAAAUAUAUUAGAACCUCAGCUCUCCCAUGUUUCGACUGGACCACAUGUAAAUCUGUAUUUUAAAACAAGACUUGGGGCCAGAUUCUCAGCCCUCCUAUGACUAUUUUAUACCUCUCCAAUGGCACAAAGAAACCAUAAAGCUGUUGAAUCCGGCCCUUUGAGGAUUCCCAUUGGAAGGGGAAUUGCUGAGUAAUGUAAAAUACUUUUGAGCAGCUCUGCACCAUCCAUUAUCCCAUCCCUGGCACAGGAGCGUUCUGAUACCCCAGCUAUCUUUGGUUGCUGGAAUGGCCUCUUGGGGACUGCUCUAAGUUAUGCCAGGAGCCAUCUCCAUUGUUGGGUAAAUAAAAGGGUGACAUAAAGUCGCCUUUCACUUUGAUCUUGCUCUGAGCAUAGCUCCACCCAACCAGAGAAUUUGGCCCUUAAUCUUAAAGAACUUUAAAUAGAAAUGUAAACAAAAAUGAUAAAUAAUAUAGAGACUGUAAUUCUACUUGCAAUCAAUGUUCAUCUAUUCAUUUUUUUUUUAAUUCACCUUCUUUGGGAACUAUGAAACCUGGUAAAACGGAAACCACACAAAGUCAAAUAGAUUACAUUUCUGCAGCAAAACAGAGAAUUUAAAGACAGAAAAGAAGACAGUAUUGUAAAGUUAAUUCCAAUAAGGCCACAUGAACCUCCCCCGAAAAGUUUUAAGUAUGUGAAGAUUCAUUAUCCCGUCACUGCCUUUUUGCAGCCUGCCAGCUAAAUAAAUGCCUGUAAUGAUGUAUACAUUAUAUUCAGUGUCCAGAGGGCUAAGCAGUCUUUUUUUCCCUAAUGAACAUCUAUCCUCUUUAUUCAUUACCAACCAAAAGCAAAACACAAUUUACGCAUUAUAAGAUGUGAAAUAUGUACAAUAACAUAAGCGUCCCACUUAACAAACCCAUUACAGUCAUAAGUGCACAGCUCCCAUUAACCUUAAAGGCAUCUACUUAAAUGUGACUCUCAAGUGAGAAUAAACUGUAGGGACUUAAGAUAACACUGAUUUUGCCUUUUUGUAUGUUUCCAGUUGUGGCAAGGGGGGACCCAUCCCUUUUCCAGUUUUGUGGCUAUGUCUUGCCCCUCCUCCCCCAGUAUAAAAUCUUCAGGAAAAAUAAUUUAAUUUCCAAGAUACUAGUCAUUUAGAAGUGCUUAACAUUUCUGAGGUAUCACUUGAGGUGGUGAUACUUCAUCAGCUAAAUAAAAAUGAGAGAGGUAAAACAUUCCGGGAAGCUACAGUAAAAGUUGGCUAGUCUGCCUCCACUUAAUGCUAAUGAGACAGUUUCUUGUAAAAAUUCCAACUUGAUAGAAACUACAGGAGGUAGCAUGGUUCAUUAGGCUACAAAAGCUGUGAAAUGGUAAAAGGACUGGUUUUCCUCCCUCAUUUCAAGUGAUUUGCUAAAAGCACUAGGAUGUUCCACUAUGGAACUUUGAAUUCACUAUUCCCUUCAUUAAUUUUGACCUUUUUACAUUUGGAAAAAAGUUAACUUUAGGGUAAGCCAUUGUACAUUCCUCCCCCCCGCCAGCUGCCUUUAACCACACUGUAUAACUCUGUUGGGUCUUUUUACCCAUUUGCUCAGUUGGAAUUGAAAACUAAACUGGAUUAUGCUAGUUCUGUGACCUGACAUCCUGCCUAAAACACACUUGAGCAGUGAUCUAAGAAAAAUGUGGUCAAUGGCUCUUCUGUAGAUACUCCUUUAGAAAGUGAUGCCUUUGAUUUAAGCUGCUUUAGCUGGUGUCUGUCAAAAAUUCUCUCAUUGCUUUCAGUGAUCUGGAAAAUAAGCUUGCAAGCCAGCCGUGUGGAGUUCAGGAUAAUUUAAAAUAAUAACAAAAAAUUACACGGCAUAGUUGACACAUUCUUCUGAAGUUUUAUUCUAAGACAUUUCCAUAAAUAGUAUCUUAUGCCACAGUUAAUCAAGCAGACAUGCUUAAACCACAGGUGAGCAAAAAGCUUGAUUAUUAUUUUUAAGAUUUAAUGAAACCAUCCUAUAGGCAUGAAAACAGGAGAAUCCCAGAGAAGCUGUUUUAUCCAUAAAGUGUUGUUUAGGUGUAAAUCAGUGUUAUGGUGGUGUUGCAAGUAUUCAGGUCUUUGUGGUGACUAAAGUAGGUUGGAAAAUGUUAAUGAAGGCCCAAUUUUGGCAAAAAAUUAGAAUUGAAUUUUUUACAAUUCCCUCCCUUUGUUUUCUGACCAAUUCUGAUGGUGACAACAUACGUAGAGAGCCAAAUACAGUUCACAUGACUCACUCAUGGCCUGCUCCUGCUCCCAUUGAAGUCAAUGCAAGUUUGGCAUUGAUUUUAAUGGGAGCGUAAUUAGGUCCUGAUUGACCUCAAUGAAUCAGGUUCCAUUCAUGUGAGGGGGGGUUGGCCUACAAUAUAAUAGCUGUCUGGUGGCACUAUUAGAGGUGAAAAAUAUGUGCCACCAUUUCCAAAGUUGGGUAUCAAAAAUUAGGCACCUGAAUAAAAAUAUUCUGAUUUUUUUUUCCUGAGGUGCUGUGUGCUCUCAAUUGAUUUUGAAAACAGCAAGAAUUUUGAGUGCUCAGCAGUGCUGAUUAUCAGGCAAUGUGUUCAGAGACCUACAUAUGGACUUAGAUUUUUAACGUUAAGCACCCAAGUUUGCAAGUUGCGCCCAGAGUAUUUUUUGUUGCAAAUCAACAAGUAGCAAGCUGCUCUGUUGCAGUUCUUUAUUCAAGUCAUAUUGGGGGGGGGGGGGAGUUACACAUUAGUUUGAUUACAAAGCUGCUAAGGUAAGCUUCUAUGGUCUGUUGUUGUUAAGAGAUAGUACAGUGGGGUGCAAGACAAUCUCUCCUGACUAGAGCAGGAGACUGGGAGCUCAGACCCUCCUGGGUUCCAUUCUAAGCUAUAAGAAUAUUUCCCUUCCAGAUACAUUGUGAGACUUAAUUAAAGAGGAUCUGCUCGUAAGCUGUGCUGUGGAUCCACAAUUGCCAGUGACAAUCAGUGAGAGCUCGGUACCUUUCAGUCUCAAGUCCUUAAUGUCUGGAAAGUCCUUUGAGGUCCUGGGUUGAAAGAUGCUAUAGAAGUGCAUAUUAUUCUUAUGUAGUCUGCAUCCCACGAAGUGACUAGAAUUAAAGUUAUUAAUUGGGGAUGGGUUAACCUCAAAAAGUUCAGGGGGUUGAUUUGCAUAAUCAUCCAGAAUAAUCUUAUCUAUUAUAUAUGCACCAAUAGGCUAAAAAUACUGCAGGAAAUAGGUUAUCAGGCACAAUUUUUAAUACUUCAUAUUUCUACUCAGAGCAAGCAGAUUUUCUCAUAGUAUUUUGGCAUUUCAGGUCUUGUAAGAAGCAGGAAGAGCAAAGCCAGGUGAAAAUUAAACUAAAUGGGGAAAUAUUAAGUUAACUAGGUUUUUUUCAAAAUUUGAUAUUCAGUUUGAAUCAUUUAUAAUUUCAUCCAAAUCAGUUUACCCUCCCUUACUGUAAAAAAAGGUAUAGGGAUUUUGUCUGAUUUAGUAAAAAUACAUUUAUUUAGGAUAGCUGAUUCAUAUCACUCUAUGUUACCACUCAGACACCUUUUUCCAGAUCUCAUUCCUGUUUUUAAAAACUUAGCAAUUUUACCUUACUAACUGAAUAAGGUUAGCGUAGUAUUUGCAAUAUUCCCUAAGAAUUCACUAUACUAAGCCUAGCAAAUGCAACAAGUAGCAUUAUCUAACUAUCAGUGACAAAAUUGGAAUGUUUUUAUGGGUAGCUACUGUAUCAUGGAUUAGUAGACAUAAGAGGCCAGAUCCUCAGCUGUCAGCUACGUUAAUUUACACGAGUUGAAGAUCUGGCCUUACAUUUCUAUAAUAAACCUCAACAGUAAACAACUUUUGAACUGCAUUCGCUCUUGCAUGUGCCAGGAGGUAUAAAAUUAGUCUUCAUGUGCCAGUCUGGCCUGCUGCACACUAGGGAGGUUUCACCGAGACAGGGCAGGUGGAGGCAUUGCACCCUGUCUGCUCUCUGGGUUUCCAUCCACAAAGGGCAACUUUGAUUUCUGCUAAGGACUCAGCCAGUGGAGGCUGCAGGGGAUAUGCAUGAGUCAGCACAUUCCUUGGCUCUGCCCUCUUCUUCACCACCGUCACUCAUUUUUCGGACAAUACUAGCCACUUGUGGGCCCAUGGGUGGGGGUGGCUGAAUCUGCUGAACUGAGCCUUUUGCCUCUAAGACAAAUCUGAAAAAUUGAUAGAAGCAAUAGACUACUAAAGAGACAAGAAACUGGUAUUGAACUUGAUGGGCGUAGAAUCUUUAACCAAACCUACUUGGAUUAUCUCAAUACAGAUGCUUUGUAAUCCCUAGAUGAGAGCUACCUUCAUCUGGUCAGUAAGACAUCCAUAUCUUUUUACAGGUUUUAAAUUUUAAAAGGUAGAAAUACAGAAUGAUAGUUCAGUAUUUACAUUCAACUUGUUACCUUUGCUGCUUCACGACCCACACUUUUUGGAGAGGGAAAAAACAUGUAGGCAUUUCCUAUAAAUGGAUUAUGGGAUUGGAUUUUCACUUAAAAUAAUUUGAAGGAGUUGUAUUGUUUAUCUGACUCAACAAAAUUUUCCUCCCCUAGCUGUAUGCAUGAAUGUUGAUUGUGCUUUCAGUAAAGGUACCGAGUUAAAAUAUUAUCUUUUAUGUUAUUUAUAUUCAUAUAACAUGGUGGAGAUAUUUGAUUACAGGUUUGCCUUCCCUGUAGAUGAUUUACUUAGUGACCAGUUCCAGAGCAUUUCCAGUAUAGUUAUUUUUGACAUUGCAGUUUUCAUAAGUGUGUUCUGAGUUCUUUAUUUCACCGUGUUAAACACCAUCUUGCAUGUGAAUAUAAUGUAAAAGGCUACAUAUUAAAAAUUAAUUUCAAAAGUUAA